AAACUUGUGGCUUCCUUAGUUUUCAUAACCAUUUAGCUACAACUCUGCUUUCCCUAGUUUUCCAGUUGAUACUUGAUACAUGGAGGAGAAAAUGAGUUGGACUGUCGCUGAUGCUGUGGACUACAAAGAGUUUCCUGCAGACAAGUCCAGAACUGGUGGUUGGGUUACUGCCGCGCUUAUAUUAGGAAUUGAAAUAUGUGAGCGGCUAUCAACUAUUGGAAUAGCAGUGAACCUGGUGACAUACCUAGUCGGGACAAUGCAUCUGCCAAGCUCAACUUCGGCAAAUAUUGUCACAGACUUUGCAGGCACAUCAUUCCUUCUCUGUUUGCUUGGAGGCUUCCUGGCCGAUACCUUCCUUGGCAGAUACAAGACAAUAGCAAUCUUUUCUUUAAUACAGGCAUUGGGCACUGCUGCCUUAGCAAUAUCAGUAAAACUGCCGCAGCUGCGCCCACCCCAUUGUGAUAUGACUACUGCCAAAAACAACUGCAAACAAGCCAAUGAGUUCCAAAUGGGAUUUCUGUACAUGGCUUUAUAUAUAAUUGCAUUAGGUACUGGUGGAUUGAAAUCAAGUGUUUCAGGAUUUGGAACUGAUCAAUUUGAUGAGAAAGAUGACAAAGAGAAAGCGCAGAUGGCCUAUUUCUUCAACAGAUUUUUCUUCUUCAUUAGCACAGGAACCUUGAUGGCAGUCACAGUCCUUGUCUACAUACAAGACCAAGUGGACAGGAGCUGGGCAUAUGCAAUAUGUUCCAUUUCAAUGUUCAUAGCCAUCUUGGUGUUUCUCUCAGGAACUAAAAGAUACAGAUAUAAGAAAAGCAAGGGAAGUCCCAUAGUUCAAAUUUUUCAGGUUAUUGUGGCUGCUACAAGGAAGAGAAAGAUGACAGUGCCAUCCGACGUUGCCUUGCUGUAUGAGAAUUAUCCUGAGGCUUCAAGAAUUGGUCACACAGAGCAGUUCCGUUUCUUGGACAAAGCAGCUAUUGUGGCAGAAGAAGAAUCUGAGAGAAAUGAACCAGUAGGUUCUGUUCCGAACCCAUGGAAGUUAUGCUCAGUAACAAGAGUGGAGGAGGUGAAAAUGAUGGUGAAAUUACUUCCAAUAUGGGCCACAACAAUCAUCUUUUGGACAACAUACGCACAGAUGAUGACCUUCUCAGUUGAACAAGCAUCCACCAUGGAGAGAUCUAUCGGAAAGUUCCAAAUCCCAGCUGGCUCUCUCUCGGUCUUCUUUGUGCUAGCCAUACUGAUCACACUGGCUGUUAAUGACCGUCUCAUUAUGCCUGUUUGGAAGAAAUGGAAGGGCCAGCCAGGUUUCACCAAUCUCCAGAGAAUUGCAAUUGGCCUUGUUCUAUCGACUCUUGGAAUGGCAUCAGCAGCACUAACCGAGAGGAAGAGGUUAUCAGUAGCUAAAGGAAUGAGAACUAUGAGUACAGGUCCUGUGCCUAUUAGUGUGUUCUUCUUGAUCCCACAAUUCUUCCUGAUUGGUUCUGGUGAAGCUUUCAUCUACACUGGCCAGCUCGAUUUCUUUAUAACUCAGUCACCAAAAGGAAUGAAAACUAUGAGCACAGGACUCUUCCUGAGCACUUUAUCCCUAGGAUUCUUUGUCAGUAGCUUCUUGGUUUCGAUUGUAAAGAAGGUCACCGGGAGCAAAGACGGGCAAGGAUGGCUUGCAGACAAUAUCAACUAUGGAAGGCUUGACUAUUUCUAUGGACUUGUGAGCGUUUUGUGUGUCCUAAACUUCGUAGCAUACCUUGUUAGUGCAAGGUGGUACAACAAAAGAAAGCUUACCAAACCAUCUAAUGGUUCCUCUGCCGAGGAUAAGUGUUAAGUUGGCAUCCAUGAAUCAGAAAUUGUUUGAUGGUACUCAUUGUCAACAGAAGUCUGUUGUGCUUGGGAAAAGUUCUGCCUACUUUAGUUGAAGAUCACAAAUCCACAACCAGCUUCAAGGGGAUGCAGAGAAAUUAUCCCUUGUCUUUUGGACUAAGCUUAGAGUCGAUAGGUCUUGAUUCCCAUUUUGAAUGGAAGGGAUAGGUCUUGAAUAUUCCGUGUCAGUGUUGUUGAUAGUAGCUCCUGUUCUGAUUGUAAGUGUUAGCUAAGCAGAGGCUUUGUAAGUAGUACGUACAGUGUAUGUGACUGUAUUCUACUAUUCUUGUAGGUUCCUUUCGGUUUUGCUUUCUUGAUAAA